AUGCAUCGUCCGUGGGGAAAUGUACACUCGAUGCACUAGUCGACAGGAUGUACUAGUCGUAGUGUAAAGGCCUAUAAUUGUCGAGGUCUGUGGCCACUGUGUAGAUGGUAGAUGGUCGAGAGAAGGGUGUAGAUAGAGGCGCGAUCCACGGGUGAACACAACCGACCAGCCAGCCUUGCAUCACACUGCUUGUAGAUACUAGAGAAAAGCUUCUCGAUUCCCUUCUUGUCUUCAACAAACAUUCGAUCGUUGUUAUUCUUUAAUGCCGUCGGACACCCACCCACUGUCAUUCAUUUGACGUUUUUGACUCAGUCGACCGCUGGCUGGAUGCCAUUGGUGGACAUGGAUUUGCCGGCUCAUUCUUCAGGCCGCUGUGAAGUGCAUCAUGGGGCUGUGUGUGCCGACCAGCACCAUCGUCGUCGCCUCCGUGUGGAUCGUAGUGGCUGAAGCUGGGCUCGAUCGAAUGUUGGGCCGCUUGCUACCAUCCUCUUGUUCCUUCAGCUUGCUCAAGUCGCCACGACAUGCAAACCUGGGUGGGAAGCGAUACAGAGACACGCUUUUUGUCGCACAUGCGUCUCACCAAUCAAGAAUUUCCUUCGUGAAGUCUGCCGUCAGCUCGUGGCUGGCCCAUGCGACGUUGAGCUCCUCCGAUAUGCUCGAUCUGUCAGCCUGCUAGGGACAAACAAGGAUGAUCCACGCGCCAUAGAAGUGAAUUUGUAUUGUAUUGUGAUGUACAGUCGUACGGUGAGAGAAAGGCCGUGCUUCUUCAGCUCAGGGAUUAGAGAAAAGGCUUCUCGCCAAGGGCAGCGCCUAAGAAAGAGAACAGCUGUCAUGAGAGGUGCCACCCUCUCUCUGCCUCACUGGCUGUCCCUGGGGUUGUGUCUCAGCCAACCCUUUCCGUCUAUUAGUUUCUUUUCAAGCAACGCCUUGUGGAGUCUCGAAGACAACUCCUCAUCUACCUACGCGUACGCACAUGUAAUGAUAAGCUCUUCGGGAGGAGCCUAGUUGGACCUCUUCGAUGCGAUCGGAAAAGAACGAUGGCUGCAAAUUAAAAAAACAAAGGGAGAUGUCAAAAGAUCCCCUCUAAUUGAAUUCCGAACACCUGGAUGGGGACGGGGCCGACCGCCAACAGGAGGGCAGGCCGCUCAUGCUCACGCAGACGGGUCACAAGGGCGCGAACAAGCCCUGAGACAUGCAUCUAUAUAUUGCCAGCACACCCUGCCUCCCUCACUUGUGGUACGCCUGUCCUUCGCCAUGGUAACAAAGAGCGCCGGCGGAAAAGAAUCUACCCCACUCCUGAGCGCAAUCGCCAUACCCUGGAUUGCCACCGCAUCGAAUUUGAGCGACUGCUCAGAGACGAGUGAGCCUAUUAGACGACCGCCACUCGACGAACCAAUAGCAAACAGGGGAAGAGACUCCCAUCCUUCGCGCCGCCUGAGUAUCUGCAGGGCCUCGAGCACCCUCUUCCGGUCGGCUGUGGGGCUCCAGCACAUCCUCCGCCGAUUGGCGCUGCUGACAGCAACCACUCCGUACCCCUCGCUCAACAACUCCGUCACCAUCCGCCUUUGUUCCGCCAGUCCGAGACAUUUGAUGCAGUGUUGCGAGUGUGGCCAGAAGUCCGUGGCGGAAUGAUGACACCCGUGCGCGAGAAAGACAAUGCCGCGUCGCGGGCCGCCAAAAGGCACCUCCGAUAUGACCUCGAUGCUGCCGUUUAACACCUCCAGAUGUGGCAUACUGUCAGAUAAGAAACCCAAACACCCUUGGACCCCAACAAAGACGAGGAGAAGCGUCUCGCGGUAUUCCGUCAUCAUCACCACCCAACUGCGCUUCGCCACAAUUAGGAAUCCCAGCCUCUUUCCCAGGGCGUUCCCAGAGAAAGGAAUUCCCAGUCCCAGGGAGCCAGUAAGGAGGCCUUAUGCGUGAUGGGACUCCCAGGUCCAAAGAG